UUUCGCUCGCGCCUCGGCUCGUUUUCGUUCUCCAAAUAGGAGCUGUGGUGUUUACCCGACGAGGUGGAAUCUGCUCGGACCCAGGACCGGGCCACGAUGGCGGCGGCGGUUCUGCUGCAAAUCCUCGAGCGGGCUGAGGUCUCGAAACUUCCCAAAGCGGUUCAGAAUAAGUUGGAGAAGUUCUUUUCGGAGCAGCAGUGUGAGAUAGAGUCCCUCAGGUCGAAUCAGGAGCGCCUCAGGGUGGACAGCGAGCAACAGUACUUUGAGGUGGAGAAGCGGCUUGCCCAGAGUCAGGAGCAGUUUGUGCUGCAAGCUCAGGAACAUAACAAACUCAAAGAAGAACUCGGUGGCCUCACUGAAGAAUUGAAGAGUCUAAAAGAUAAGAACAAAGAGCACGAGACAUCCGAAGAGAAGCUUUCAUCAGAGCAGAGCACACUGACCAAAGCAAAGUAUGAGCUUGAAGCAGAAAAACGAGAACUUGUCCGAACUCUUGAGAAGAGAUCUCAAGAAGUGGAACAUCUCAGUGAGGACCUGAAGCGUCUCAAUGACAAGCUGCUGGAAACAAAUACUGCAAAGAUGGAGCUCCAGUUGAAACUAGAUGAGCUUCAGCCAUCUGAAGUUUCCCUGAAGUACCGCGAGAAGAGGAUGGAGCAAGAGAAGGAGCUUCUCCAAACCCAGAUAGCCUGGUUGAAUGCUGAGCUCAAGGCCAAGACUGAGGAGCUACUCACCAUGUCUCGUGAGAAGGGAAACGAGAUUCUGGAGCUCAAGUGUAACCUGGAGAACAAGAAGGACGAGGUCACCAGGCUCCACGAUCAAGUUGAUAGUCUGAAUAAGUCUAAAGAGAAUUUCCAAAAACAGGCUGAUAAUUUGAUGAUUAAGUUGAAGGAGGCGAAAGACCAUCAGCUUAACAUGGAAGAGAAGUUCCAAAAUGAAUUGAAUGCCCACAUAAAACUGACCACCUUGUAUAAGGAAGCAGCAACUGCAUCGGAAUCCAAGUGUGAGGAGCUGAGCCGUGCUGUGGAGGAGCUCCACAAACUCCUGAAGGAAGCUGGAGAAGCUAACAAAGCCACCGAGGUGAAGCUUGCCAAAGCAGUUGAUUUGAAGGACAAAAUGGAAGCAGAACUAAGGGAGAAAAUCAGAAACUUGGACAAAGAACUGGAAAAUGCCAACGCCUUACUCUCAGAUUGCAAGCGUAAAGCAGGUGUCCCAGCACUUACUGAAGAAGAACUCACUGCAAUGUCUCCAACUGCUGCUGCUGUGGCCAGGAUAGUGAAGCCUGGCAUGAAACUGACUGAGCUGUACAAUGCCUAUGUAGAGGCACAGGACCAACUUCUACUGGAGCGACUGGAAAGCAAGAGGGUCAACAAGUGCCUGGAUGAGAUUGUUAAGGAAGUGGAGGCUAAAGCACCAAUCCUGAAGCGCCAGCGAGAGGAGUAUGAGAACAUGCGGAAAUCCUUGGCCAGCCUUGCUGGAAAACUGGAGCAGGCCAUGAAGGAGAUACACUGCCUGCAGAAGGAGAAGGAUGAGGCUAAUAAGCGGUCCUCUGUUCUGGAGAGGGAUAACCAGAGAUAUGAGCUGCAGGUCACAGAUAUGUCCCAGCAGAUUCGUGUCCUGCUGAUUGAACUGGAGGAGGCCCGUGGCAACCGUGUGCUCCGUGAGGAUGAGAACGUAAGCUCCGCUGACAUAAGCAGCAGCACCGAGGUCACUUCCCACCAUUUGGUCACCUUCCGUAGCGUAGAGGAGCUGCAACAACAGAACCAGCGCCUCCUGGUGGCAUUGCGAGAUUUGAGAGAAGCACAUGAGAGGGAGGAGGCGGAGGCCAUAUCCUCAAGGAAGGCAGAGUUGGAGAUGACUUUGGAGAAGACACGGAAGGACCUGGAGCAACUUCGUGAACAGCACAGUCACCAGAUGAAACUCACAGAGUCUGUUGUACGUCAGCGGGAUAUGUACCGCAUCCUGCUGGCCCAGACUACAGGGGUCAGCUUCCCUGUACAAGGCAGUGUGCAGGAAGGGGCUCCUCUCACAUCCACCUCUCACCAGUCCACAGGGGUCACCCCUGUGAAGGCUGUGGAGUCCACAGAAGCUGUAGAUACUAAUGCUGCAUUCAAGCAGCUGCAAGACAUCUUCUCCACAUAUAAGAAGGAGAAGGCAGAGAAUGACAAGAUUCUCAAUGAGCAGAAUGAAAAGUUCCAGGAACAAGUUUCUGAGCUCAGUGCCCGCAAUGCCAAGAUUUCCACUCAGCUGGAAUUUGCAUCCAAACGCUAUGAAAUGCUACAAGACAAUGUAGAUGGCUACCGUCGUGAGAUUGCCUCACUGCGAGAAAAGUGCCAGAAGAUGAACACCACCACCCAGAAGCAAGAGCAGAUCAUUCAUACCAUGACACAGGAUCUACGUGCAGCUAACGAGAAGCUCGCCUUGGCUGAGGUGCGUGCAGAGAACUUCAGGAAGGAGCGAGACCUGCUGAAGAUGGUGGAGUCCAGACUGAACCAGGAGAAGGAGUCUAUCCUGACUGAGCAGCGUGGUCAGAAUCUCCUGCUGACCAACCUCAAAUCCAUUCAGCUUACCCUAGAGCGCUCAGAGACAGAGACUAAGCAGAGGCUCAAUAACCAAAUUGAGCAUCUCGAAUGUGAGGUUGCCCAACUCAAAAAGAAAUUGGAGCAGGAGGUGGAGCAGAGGCAUGCACUAGGCCGCAGCCAAGAUAUGCAGCUACUUGAUGCCAAGAAGCAGCUGGAGGCUGAGACUACAAUGCACCAAAAGACCAAGGAGCUACUGAAGACUGCGGAACAGCAGCUCAGUACCCUGAGACUGCAACUCAGCAAUAUAGAGAAUCAGGUGGCCUCCAUGCCAGCACGGAGUGCAGCUCUUGCAAGCCAGGGUGAAAUGGACCAGGAUGCAGAGGAGCUGCGCCUCCGCCUUCGGCAAGCAGAGGAACAGGCAGGUGAUCUGAAGGAACGUUUGAUGAAUGCCACCAACAAUGUGGAGCAGUACCGGGCCAUGGUGCUCAGCCUAGAGGAGUCUCUCAGCAAGGAGAAACAGGUGGCUGAGCAGACUCGGUCUGUAAUUGAGGGACGCCUGAAAGAAGCUCAGGAGUACCAUGUGCAGCUGGAGAAAAAGCUCAUAGAGGCAGAAAAGGAGAAGCAGGAGCUUGAGGAGGAAAAACGCAAAACCAUAGAAGACAUGGAACAACAGAUGAAUGAGCUGAAGAAAAAUCUUCAAAGCAUCCAGUCUGAGCUUCAAGAUGCCCUUCAGAGGGCAUUAGUUGCUGCGACACAAGAACAGCAGGCCACACAGGAUAGCCAGUUGCAGGCUAAGCUAGCGGCAGAGGCCCAGAACAAGUAUGAGCGGGAGCUGAUGCUUCACGCAGCAGAUGUGGAGGCACUCCAGGCUGCUAAGAAGCAGGUAUUGCAAGUGACACAAAUACGUGAGCAGCUGGAGGAGAAGGCACAACGGGCUAUUGCAGAGCUCCAGGAUGCCCGUACAUCCUGGGAAGAGCAAGAGAAAAUCCUUAAGGAGGAGAUGGCUAAGCUCUCCACCCGUGCUGAAGACCUGCAGAAUCAGAAUAGCCUGCUCCACCAGCAGAUUGAAAGCCUUAGUGGUAAAAUGGUGGCAACCAUGCAGCAGACGACAAACGAAAGCCCUCUAAAUGUUUCCCUUACUGAGGAAGGCAAGUCACACGAGCAGAUACUAGAGAUUCUCAGGUUUGUACGGCGAGAGAAGGAGAUUGCAGAGGCCUGCUUUGAGGUGGCCCAGGUGGAGAGCCUACGUUAUCGCCAGAGGGUGGAGCACCUCGAGCAGGAGUUGAAAGAGUUGCAAGACAGCCUGAAUUCUGAGCGUGAAAAGCUGCAGGCGACUGCUAAGACCUUGGCACAGCAUGAUGAGCUGAUGAAGAAGACUGAGACCAUGAAUGUCUUGGUAGAGACCAACAAGAUGCUGAAGGAGGAGAAGGAAAGGCUUGAGCAGGAGCUACAGCAAACACAGGCCAAGGUGUGCAAGCUGGAAGCUGAUAUCACGCCCCUACAGGAGUCUAAUGCAGAGUUGAGUGAGAAGAGUGGAAUGCUCCAGGCUGAGAAGAAACUUCUGGAGGAGGACAUCAAGCGCUGGAAAGCCAGAACACAGCACCUGGUAAGCCAACAGAAGGACACAGACUCGGAGGAGUACAAGAAGCUGCAUGCUGAGAAAGAGGCUCACAUGAAGCGCAUCCUCCAGCUCACGGAGGAAACUGGCAGACUAAAGACAGAGAUUGCCAGGACACAUGCCUCAAUGAACACUGGGCAAAGCCAGGUGAAGAACCUUCAGGAGAACUUAGGCAAAGUGACUGCAGAAAGAGAUAAUCUGAAGAAGGAGCUUGAAGCUAAAGUGUUGGACAUCCAAGAAAAGCUGAAAACAAUUACCCAGGUCAAGAAGAUUGGCAGAAGGUACAAGACACAGUACGAAGAGCUUAAGGUGCAAUACGACAAGAUUGUAGCUGAAGCUGCUUCCAAGUCAGCACAGGAUCAGGAAGUUCAACAGAUCCCUGCCCAGGAGAUGCAGGCCCUGAAAAACACUUUGAGUGCUGCUGAGAACAAAACCAAGGAGCUGGAGACCCAGGUAGAGAACCUACAGAAGGUGGUGAGUGAGCGUGAGACAGACUUGCGGAGCUACCAGGAGCAAGUAGGCAAACUGCAACAAGAGUUGACCCGCCUCCGACAGGAGCUGCAGGAAAAGGCUGUACAGGAGGAGCAGCUGCGACAGCAGAUGGCUGACAAGGAAGAGAAGACUAAAAAGGUCUUUGUGGGAGCUAAGCAGAAGAUCCAUCAACUCAAUAAUUCUGUCAUAGCGGUCAAGGAACAGCUACAGAAGGAGGUGGAGGAGCUGAAACAGCAGCGGGAGGAGCAAGAGGUGCGCUUGAGUGCAUUGAAAUCGCAGUAUGAAGGCCGCCUCUGCAGGCAGGAACGUGAGCUGCGAGAGCUUCGGGAGCAGCAAGAGAGGCACGGAGAACAACGGGAUGAGCCCCAGGAUCAGGGGCCUAGCAAGGCUCAAGAACAGCAGAGACCAGCUGAACAGAGGCAGAUCACUCUGAAGACCACACCAGUAGCAGACCGGGGAAGCACGAGUGUUUUGGAGCCUCCAACAGCUAACAUCAAGCCUACCCCUGUAGCAGCAACUCCCAGCAAGCCGUCUGCUAUCCCUGGGAACAAGCCCACUCCGAGAGCCAGCAUCCGGCCCAUGAUCACACCAGCAUCCAUCACCAUUCCAACUCCCACAGCUACAGUCAUGCCCACCACUCAGGUGGAAACACAGGAGGCCCUGCAGGCUGCCGAGGGCCCCAUGGAGCAUGUCACUCUGUUUGGCAACACUAGUGGCUCUGUGCGCUCCACAAGCCCCAAUGUCCAAACCACAGUGGCACAGCCUAUCCUGACAGUGCAGCAGCAGCAGCCACUGGCUCCUGCACAGGCCACUGCCUUUGUUCAGCCCACCCAGCAGAGCGUACCCCCUGUGGAACCAUCUAGUCAGGAGACUAUGCCUAGUGCGCAGGUUGAGAGGCCUUCCACUUCCACAGCUGUGUUUGGCACAGUGUCUGCCACCCCGGGUUCCUCCAUCACCAAGCGGCCUCGUGAUGAAGAGCAAGAAAGCCCUGCGGAGGCUGUAGAGGCAACACAAGAGGAGCCUGCUGAGCUGCCAGUUCCCAAGAAGCUGCGCAUCAUCCAAAGAGUAGGUCCUGAGGAGGAGGUGGCAGUAGAAGAUGGCACUGAAGCAGAGGUGGAGAUUUCUGUGGAGAGCCAAGAGGACCCAGGGGUUGAUCAGCUGCCUGCAGAGGUGGAGUACGUCCCAGCGCUUGAAGAUGGAGAAGCAGAAGUGGUAGCCCGAGCUGUUCCUGCAAAUCUCGUGCCUCAGGUACCAGAAUCACAGCUUAGUGCUCACAAUUCUCCUGCCGAGCAGCAGCAAGGUGAGGUCAUCAUCAUUGGAACGGACUCUGAGAACGAAGAUGAGGAGGAGCAGGAAGCAGAUCAGGGGUAUGAAGAGCAGAAGGAGGAAGAUGAUCAGGAAGAUGAAGAUGACGUUACCGGAAUGGAUGAUGAUGAAGAUGAGAGCAAUGAAGGCAGUGGUGCUGACAACGAGUUGUGUGAAGGCCAGGACACAGAGACGGAACAGGCCUCAGACACAGUCACUGACCAGGAGGAAAGUUUCAGGGGAGCAGACUCUAGCCAGAAACAAGCAGAAUCACUGUCUGCUGGGGAGGGUAGCAGUAGUACCAGUGAGUCUUUAAGUACUGAACCCCCCCGGGAGCAGCAGCCAGCCGCCGGCAUUGCCACCCCUGACCGGCUAGCCCCACGACCUCCACAGUCUCCUAGAAGACCACCUCAUCCACUGCCCCCCCGACUGUAUAUUCAGCCCCCUACUCAGGAGCUCGGACCUCCUCCAGCACAGCGCCAAACAGCUCCAAUUCGUCGACAGUCAGUUGGAAGGGGUCCCCAGCUCACCCCUGGGAUUGGUAGCAUGCAACACUUCUUUGAUGAUGAUGAUAGAAUGGUACCCAGCACACCCACCCUGGUGGUGCCCCAUCGCACGGAUGGAUUUGCUGAAGCAAUCCAUUCACCCCAGGUGGCAGGUGUUCCCCGCUUCCGAUUUGGCCCACCAGAGGAUAUGGCCCAAGCCAGCUCCUCUCAUUCAGACUUGGGCCAGUUGGCUUCACAAGGAGGCCUAGGAAUGUAUGAAAGUCCCCUGUUCCUUGCAACACAUGAGGAGGAGUCUGGGGGCCGCAGUGUCCCCACCACACCUUUGCAAGUGGCUGCUCCAGUGACAGUCUUCACAGAUAGCCACCCUUCAGAUAUAGCGGAGAACACCUCCCAGUCAGUCCCUAUGGUGACCACAACCACAGCGGGUGCAUCUGCCCCUGUAGAUGCAGUUUCUGGAGAUGAUGGAGAUGAGGUCUUUAUGGAGGCGGAGAAUGAAGGGACGACUGGUGAGGUCACUAUGGAGAGUCAGGCAGAGUUGGGGUUGGCACAGUCCUCAGAUGACAGCAACCUGCCCUCCACCAGCCAGGAGCCAACCUCCAGUUCUGCAGACACGAGCAGCAGUGGCAGCAGCCUCCCCCGGCCCUCUGGACGCCCCGUGACGCAGCACCAUCUCCCCCCUCGCCCAGGACCACGAGGGCGGCAGCUCAUCAGGAGAGGUGAGCGUCCCAUCCUCACUAGUUGUAGCUUCCUAGCAAACACUCCGACACUAACACAGAGUACUGUUAUACAAUUUACACUUGUAAUUUUUAGACUCUUUUUAAACAACUCUGUGCUGGUUCUCAUUAGUUUAGUGUAGAAAUAUAUGGUCUCUUCUGAUAUCUGAACAGGCAACUAACUUGGUGAAAAAUUCAGGUUUUUCCACCCUUAUUUUGUUCUGCCCUAUAACCACACUGAAUGAGUUCCACAUUGUAGAAGAUAACACAACUGAAAGCUCGAAGUUUAUUAAAAUACAGUAGUGCAGUCUAGCCUCAGGUGAUACAAAAUCUGCUCAGAGUACCUUGAUAGACAUUAUUCUCAGAUUAUCAUAUGUAUUUGAUCUUAGUCCCCUCCCCCUUUCCACUGUGGUAAACAGUUAAAAGGUGUUGCUGUUAAUGAUGGUUUACACAGCUACAGUGUCCUUUAAAAUGGUUGUGCUCUA